AUGUGGACUUCCGAAGACACCAAGAAAGCAAUUCUCUUCUCAUGCAUCCCGGGAGGUAUUGCUUUGACAGGGUUUGCAGCUCUAGCGAGAGACAAAAGUAUCGUUGAUUUUUGGAAGCCAAACUGGGCUCCUGUCGACAGCAAAAUGUAUUCUAUGAUGGACUUAGUAAGUAUGGCUCCUCUUGGCUAUGCAACUUACCUCGUUUAUAAAAAUGGAGGUAUUGAAUAUUCGGACACGAGGGCAGCUCUUGGGCUAUACGGUGUGAAUACAGCGUUCCAGUUGGCAACGAUCCCACUUUUAAUGAAAAAGGAUUUGAAAUUGCUUUUCUGGAACACUGUUUUGACUGCUGGAUCUGGUGUGCUUACUGCAUAUAUUGACAAAACGGCAGGCUUGCUUUUACUUCCAUUUACGUUAUGGACUGGGUUUUACGCGUUCUUAACAUACUCGCUUUACGAGAAGAACAAGCCAAAGAAUCUUCAGGUGGAGUUGGUCUUGAUAGCGUAG